AUGGAUUUAGAAAGGAACAAUGAGGCGCAAUGUGAAAAUGCAUCAGUGGAUGAAAACAGCAUGUUUCAGGACGCCCAGUAUGAUGAAAACUAUACCUAUAGCGAUUUUUAUAUUGUGGACCAAGACGUUGAAUUUUGGCAGGUACCACAACUGGUUGUCCUGGUUAUUCUCUUUUUAAUGAUCGUCCUGGGAAACACGUGCGUUCUUGUCGCUAUCUACAUGUCGGAAAAGGGGAUCAAGACUAGAAUGCACUUUUUUAUGAUGCACCUGGCAGUCGCAGAUCUGACGGUUGGGCUAUUCAACUUAACGGUCGAUAUUGUCGAACGCUGGCUUGUGGUCUGGUAUGGUGGUGCAGUUCUCUGCAAAAUUAUCAAAUUCCUUCAGGUUCUGGUGGUUUACUCAUCAACGUUUAUGAUUGUUGCCUUGAGUAUUGACAGAGCUGACGCUAUUGCUCGGCCAAUGAAGUUCACUAGAAAAGCUACUACAGUUAGAGCUCUCGUGAUCGGAGCGUGGGUUAGUUCAGCCAUACUUUCGGUUCCAGCCUUUCUAUUCUUUGAUACUAUGCCACUAAAUGGAGAGUAUUAUUGUCUGAUGACACUACAGGAUAGAUGGCAAUGGCAGUUGUACAUUACAUUAGUAGCACUGACAGCAUUAAUCUUACCCGCACUGAUAAUUCUUUCCUGUUACACAAUUAUCAUGUUUGUCAUUUGGGAAACGGGCCGUGGCUUCAACGCGCUGCAAUCAGCACAUACAUAUUCCAACAGAUCGUCUAUGCCAGGCAAUAACAAAGGAAUAAUUCCUCAAGCGAAGAUAAAAACUGUCAAGAUGACACUUAUUAUUGUCAUUGUGUUCGUGCUGUGUUGGUGUCCAUACUUCGUAUUUAACUUAAAGGACGUGUAUAGUGAAAGUGUUAACAAUUCAAAAACAUACCACGCCUUAACUUCACUUAUACAGAGCUUAGCACCUCUGAACUCUGCAGCAAAUCCUAUCAUUUAUGGCGUAUUCGGAACGGGAAUAUGUACACAUUUAAGACGGUUGCCUUGCUAUAGGACUCUCCACAGCUGGUGUUGUGGUUGUGACUGUUACACCAGGAGAACACUACUAAGGACUGGCCCAAAUAAUUUAACGAAUGUUGAAAACACAGGGGGUGAUGUUACUUCAGGCACAGGCCUAACACCUAGACCAAACAUCAGCGGAAUUAAACCAGGACGAGAAUCUCUUCUACAAGACAAGCUCAACAGAAGGAAUAUUCUUGUCGCAAGCACUAGAAGAAACGGUAACAAGCAUAAACCGGAGUUGGUAGAACUCAUGAAUAGCAACAAUAGUUUAUACCAACAAAAGAAGCCCGCAAAAAGACCGUUUAACAGACGUCCGUCGGGACUUCCGCUAGCAAACAGGAAAAUGACACACGGUGAAAUUAUAUUGUUGGAAUCUUACGGAAAGAAAUUUCAGAAAACAGAUCUGUACAAUGAUAUCGCUGAGACAAAUACUUUUGUAAAUGAAGGUGAUGAACAGAAAGUGAUGAGCAUAUCAGAUGUAUAA